CGUCAUGCAUGUAUCGAUCGCCGCGCGCUACGUAACGCCAAAGCGCCAAGCGCACGUAUUAUCAAGCACCCGGAUCAACAGUUGACGCGGUCCGACAGAAAUCUUGAACGAUGCGUUCCCUAUUAGAUGCAAUGUAUAAAGGCAAGGACCGCAUAGCUGUCCCUGUCUUCCCAAGCACGAAAUGGUUGUCUACACCGCCAUCACAUCCCUUGAGCUCGCUCGAAUUCGUACAACAUGUCCCCUACCUUCCUGAUCGUUGGAGCUACCGGCAACACCGGUGCUGGAGUCACCAAGACGCUCGCCAAAGAACUCUCUUCUUCCCCUCGAUUCGCACAACACCGAGUCAUUGCCCUCACUCGCCACGCCGAAAGCUCCACCGCCAAGGAGUUGGCCAGUAAACAACACGUCGAGGUCGUCGAACAAGACUGGACCGAGAUAACAACCAAGUGGUUGCAAGAUCACGAGGUCGAGAGGAUCUUUAUCGCCUCUCACAAUGGUCCCACCCAGUUCUCGGACGAGUCCCUCUUCCUGACUCAUGCUCUCGAGUCGGGAUGCGUCGAGUACGUCGUACGAAUUUCAACGACCGCGGGGAACAUCGGUCCUGCUACCAAGGUCGCUUACGCUCGUACCCAUUGGGCCAUCGAGACGAUGCUCGAAUCGCCCGAAUUCGGUUCGCUCGGAUGGACUUCUCUCCGACCCAACGUCUUUCCCAACUCCUCGGCUUGGGUUGGAGACUGGUACCGGGAUUACAAGAAGACCGGAAAACAAGGAACACUCAAGAUGGGCAUCGACAAGGAUGCUCCGCUUGCUCCGAUCGAUCCCGUCGAGGUCGGUAUCAUCGCUGCCAAAUUGCUUGCGCAGGAAGAUAUUUCUCGCUACAACAGGCAGAAAUACGUCCUCGUUGGCCCUGAAAACGUAACGGGUAAAGGUGUCGUCGAGCUGGUUGAAAAGUUCGUCGGAGAAAAGGUGGAAAAUGUGUCUUAUCGGGACACGUCGUUUGCGGAUUCUCUCAAGGCAAAGGGCGGGAAUCGCAACUUGAUUGACAACACUGUCACCGCUUUUAUCUCGGCGUUCGAUGGAAGUCAAUCGGUUGAGGGCUCGCCCACCAGUCCGGAACUCCUCGAGUUGUAUCAGCUGCAACACGGAGCAUACGCUGCGUGGCAAAAGGAGUUGGAAGACAUCCAGGGGUGAUGGUGAGGAGACGGGAUCUCGAUCGUCCUAGAUAGCUAGUCAGUUGCACACAUUCGAGGCUCAUCACGACCAUGUUGUAAGCGAGUGGACAUCGAGAAUCAUGCGAUGACUAUACAUUGUUCGACCGAUGGCACUGUGCCACGGGAUGUCGAUCACGAGGUGAAUACCACCGUAUCAGCGUGUGUUAAUGCGAAACAACGGAGAGAGCCGAAUAAUGGUCGAUAACAUCGAGGAUGCUGCAUCUGCGACGAGAUGUUUGCACCUCGCUCUAGAUCUGAUACCUCUGUUCGAGCUGUUCAAUUCGUCUCGUGCGGAGGCAACUUUGGAUCCGCGAAGUGGAGGUCCUGGGCG